AUGAUUUAUACACCAUUAGUUAAAUUACCAAUUGUAAUUCCAUUGAAAUAUUUAUUAGAAUUACAAGAUGUUAAAUUCACAGAUUAUCAUUGGUUAUCUCAUCAAGUUGAAUUAUUUGUAUUGACAUUAUUUCAUUUUGUUAUGGUUAGUAUAUAUAUUGGUAUAACUGUUGGUGUAUUUACGUGGGUCAAUUUAAGCGCAAUUAGGUAUGUAUUAACAUUACCUUUGGAACUUACAGAAGAUAAACAAUCAAAGAAUAGAAUUGAAUUAGAACCGGCAACAGAGAAGAAGAAUAAAACAACAAUUACCCCCGAUCAUCAAAUUCAAGAUCAAGAUACUGGUUAUUAUGAUUUCUUGAAUCAAGUUGUCGUACCUGAUGUUGUUGAACCUAGACAACAAGCUUUAUCAGCACAGACUCUGCCUAGUGAAAUCUCUCCAGAAGAGACCCAUCACCAUGUAUAUGAGGAUGAUGAUGGAUAUAUCUAUACUGGCCAAUUACGAAAUCGUACUCAUGGAGUUGAUUCAUCUGAUAUAACCCCAUCAGAAGAUGUGAGCAAUCCUCCAAGUGAAGAAGAACAGGAAGAAGAAGAGCAAGGAGUAUCUGGAGGUGCUAAAGAGCAAUCAGCAGCUGCUGCUGCCCAAGGAGUUGCGGUUGAUGAAUCCUAUAUUUUGGAACCUGUUGAAGAAGAAGAAACACAAUCUAGCCAUGAAUUGUCAAAUAUACCUGAAGAAACAGAAGAAGAAGAAAUGUUUUCUGAAAGAGUCAAUAUUUCUAAAGAUACUACAAUCACCGAUCAAACAAGUGAGUAG